AGAAAGGUUGCUCGUGCGGUCGUAUCCAACCCGAAGAACUAGCAGGCGAAUGAAUGCUGAACCUAUCAGAUAGCGCUGCAGACCGCUGCUCCUAUAUUUUAUCAUUUCCCGUUCUAAAACGAUUUUUAAUCAUGUAUUGCUCAUGGCAUGUAUUCCAUCACACCCCCUGUUUUACGAUCAAUUCAGCGCACCGAUGCUUAUUGUACGAGUUAUGCGGUCCAUCCUUCCCUUUGAUUGAUUCACCUCCGGUCCUGGUUGCAUCAUUUUGUUUGAAACGCCGUUGUUACAGGCCGUCUUUAAUUAAACCGCGUCUUUUCAUUUAAUCAUACCCAUUCAAUGAAUCCGAGAAAGUUGACGAUUGCCACCGAUAAACGCAGAAAAACGGCCGAAGACGAGACAGAGGACGAUAGCACGAUACGCAGCUUGUUCGACUUCAGCAAGAACGGCUCAAUAAACGUGAACGCUGAGAAAAUCGUGCUUUUCAUAAAGCGGUGCUUUGAUGUGCACAACAAGGAGCAGCUGUUCAAAAAUUUUAAGGAGUUUAUAAGCGAUGAGAACAACAAGUACGAAUUUUUGAGCCUUUUUUACCACUCAUUCGAGUCCUCCGAUUCGGAGGUAAGCGAUAACACGGAAAGCGAGAACGCGCAGCUGAGAUACUUCGCAGACACGAGGGUCUGUUAUGGCUGUGGCGAGACCGGGCACGUGGAAAGCAAGUGUCCGAAGAGAACGCAACAGAUCUGCAUACUGUGCGGGUACACCGAUCAUCCUCGCUUCAACUGUCCGCAGAUCGUGUGCACGAAGUGUGGGCUGUGCGGGCACAGGUACAGGGAGUGCAAGGAGAACGUGGACAGGAGGAAGCGGUACAUAAUAUGCACGAGGUGUCCGAACAAGCACACUAUUCCGGAUUGUCCGUUGACGUGGCGCAGGUACAAGUUUGAUAGAUUGAGCAAGAACAGUGUCAGAAUGAGCUGCUGCAACUGCCUGAAAAAUGACCAUUUUGUGGAUGACUGUGAUCUUAGACGGUCCAAGACGAGCAUAUUUACCGGAUACUACGAGCAAAUGGUCUAUCACAGGCGAUGGAACCGUGAUUACAGGGAUGAGAGAUCGUAGGAUACGACAAAUGCUCGGUUAAGUGCAGGGUGCUGUUCAUGAAGCGAAUAAAUGAAAUUAGUCAAAACCAUGUUUCGUGUUUUGUUCG